GGGUGUCCUCACCACUCUCGAUCUCUCUGGACAGAACUGUACGUGAACAUGACUGACGGGACUUUCUAACUCACUCCUCAUGCUGAAUGUUCACACUACAGACUGAUGGAAUCAGCACCUCGGGGAACAUCAUAAAGACAGACAGACAGGACAACAUAUUUCGUGUAGUGGCAGAUUCCUCGGUUGCAGUGCCAGUGUCGUGUGCGGCCUUGUUUCCCAUGGACCUCAGGGUGGGAGAGCGGGGGAUGCGCCCUGGUUCAGACACGGCGCUCCUCACCCCGCUGCACCCGCCUUUACUCCUCACCCCAUUCUCCCCUCAGUCCCGCACCUCCUUCUCCCAACAGCAACUGCACCAGCACAUCCGGUUUAAUAUGGAGCAAAGGAGGCGAGAGCAGGAGCACCACGAGAAACAACAGGAGCUGCAGCAGCUGAAGCACAAAGACAAGAGUCAACAGAGUGCAGUGGCCAGUUCCCUGGUGAAACAGAAGCUCCAGGAGGUGAUUCUUAAGAAGCAGAAACAGGCGCUGGAGAGAACAAACUCCAACACUCUGACAGCGGCUCCUGUGGCGUACAGAAAGCUGGGCCCAGACCCGGGUUUAUCGUCUCCGUCACAGCCUUCUUCUGAGGGUUCAGACAGGACGCCGCUGCGUAGAGCAGCGUCCGAGCCCAAUCUGAAGGUGAAACACAAGCUGAAGAAACACCUGAACACCCGCAAGAGCCCGCUCACCCGCAAGGAGAGCGCCCCGGCCACUGUCAAGCACAGAGUACCUGACACACUGGACUCGUCCCCCAGCAGCAGCAGCACUCCCGUCUCUGGCUGCAGUUCUCCCAAUGACAGUCUGCCCAAUGAGAAUGGCCUGCUGCCCUCUGCAGGCGGCCUCUCGCAUGAGGCCCAGAGGCUGCUGCUCAGAGACGGCACUCUCGCGAACUUCACCAUCCAGAGUCCCUCCACUCUGCCCACCAUCACACUGGGACUGCCAGCCAACGCCAGGGCGGAAGGAGAGCUGACCUGUCUGAGGGUCGGCCGCGUGCCGGUGGUUACAGCCGGGGGCUCAACGGUCUACCUCCCCCUGAGCAGAGAGGAUCAGGCUGGGCAGCUGAACCCUCAUCUGCCUCUCAUCAUCCUGGAGCCCUCUGGACUGGUACACACUCCAUUACUCACUGUUUCAGGAAUGGACCCUGUCCCACUACAGUUUGUCCCCCAGUUAGACCACCUGACUCCUGGAGGCGGCCAUCCUCACAAGCCCCUGAGCAGAACCCGCUCGGAGCCCCUCCCCCAGAGCCCGCGGACCCUUCACACACAUCUUCUCCAACAGCAGCACAACACACAACUACUGGAGAGGCUCAAACAGCAAACUCACCUUGGCAAGCUGAUGUCUAAGUCCAGUGAGAAGCCCAGACUGCAUCAGAUCCCCUCUGAGGAUAUGGACUCAGAGGAUGGCGGCGGGACGUCGCCCACAGAGCCAACCUCUCGGAGCAGAGUGAGGGCGGAGUCACUGAGGGAGGCGGAGCCAACAGCAUCCAAGAGCCAGGAAGACCAACUGAACCUGCAACAUGCACUCAUACUCAACCAGUCGUUGCUAUGGGAGCAACAGAAGCAGCUGCAGCAGCUGCAUCGACAGAUGGAGACCCUGGCAGUGCCCAUGUUACGUGGCGUGGCUGGUAGUGGGCUGGUUGUCCAUCGUCCCCUGUCCCGUACACAGUCGUCCCCGGCCUCCACCUCUCUCACUCUGCCUGAGAAAGCCCUGAGCCUGUCCGCGCAGGAUACCAGCAGCAAAACACGCUUCACUACUGGCCUGGUGUAUGAUUCUCAGAUGCUGAAGCACCAGUGUACAUGUGGAGACAACAGCAGUCACCCAGAGCAUGCUGGGAGGAUACAGAGCAUCUGGUCCAGACUGCAAGAGAGAGGCCUGAGGGGACAGUGUGAGACUAUUCGUGGUCGCAAAGCCACUCUGGAGGAGCUGCAGUCGGUCCAUACAGAGCGCCAUGUGUUGCUCUACGGCACCAAUCCGCUCAACAGACUCAAACUGGAUAACCGCAAACUGGCCGGAAUCCUGUCUCAAAGGAUGUUUGUGAUGUUACCAUGUGGGGGAGUUGGGGUUGAUAAUGACACCAUCUGGAAUGAGUCGCACACUUCAACGGCGUCACGCAUGGCAGCAGGCAGCGUUGUGGAGCUGGCCUUCAGAGUGGCCAAAGGAGAGCUAAAGAACGGCUUUGCUGUCGUCAGGCCGCCAGGACAUCACGCAGACCCCUCCAAUCCAAUGGGUUUCUGCUACUUCAAUUCUGUGGCCAUAGCCGCCAAGCAGCUCCAACACAAGCUCAGCGUUAGCAAGAUCCUCAUCGUUGACUGGGAUGUUCACCACGGUAACGGCACCCAGGAAGUGUUCUACAACGACCCUAGUGUUCUCUACAUCUCACUUCAUCGCUAUGACGAUGGAAACUUCUUCCCUGGCAGCGGGUCUCCAGCUGAGGUUGGUUCUGGAGCAGGCCAGGGCUUCAAUGUGAAUGUGGCGUGGACAGGAGGACUGGACCCACCCAUGGGGGAUGCUGAGUACCUCGCUGCAUUCAGGUCUGUGGUGAUGCCCAUCGCCCAGGAGUUCUCUCCAGACGUCGUCCUGGUGUCGGCUGGGUUUGAUGCCGCAGAGGGAAACCCCGCUCCUCUGGGAGGCUACAAGGUCUCCGCCAAAUGUUUCAGCUUCCUGACCCACCAGCUGAUGUCUCUCGCAGGGGGUCGACUGGUUUUGUCCCUUGAGGGAGGUCACGACCUCACAGCGAUCUGUGACGCAUCUGAAGCCUGUGUCAGUGCACUCCUCGACAUACAGGACCCACUGCCAGAAGAAGUCCUACUUCAGAAGCCCAACGCUAACGCAAUCCGCUCCCUGCAGACCGUCAUACAGAUGCAAAGUCAGUACUGGCAGAGUGUGAAGGCGUACAGUGGAUCAGUGGGUCUGUCCUACCUGGCUGCACAGAGAAGAGACUGUGAGGAAAUGGAUGCUGUCAAUGCUCUGGCCUCGCUCUCUGUGGGAGUCCUUUCCAACAAGAGCCUCUCUGACGAGCCGAUGGAGCACGACAGUGACUCCAUGUAGAACAAUCCGACCAAUCACCUCACAGAACUCACUUUCAGGAUGUGCGGCCCCGCCUGUAGCCUCGGAUCUCCUGCGCUGUCCUACGACCAUGAAGGGGGCACGUUUGUAAUGCCACUGAGCCCCACCCAACUGCCUUAUUCACACACAUGCACACCAACCGACACACAAUGCUGAACCUCUGCAGGCCUGCAGUACGAACACCUCAAUGCUGGUAACCACUCAGCUGAAGCCAGCAGCCCGACCUGCUGCUGGGGAACUUUAUAAAACCUCACCAAAGAGCAAUACAAGAUGAUUUUUUUAAAUACUUUUUCAUGUCUCCUGAAUGACAUUGGAUUGUGUGUAUGUUCAGAGGUCCGGUGCUUUGUGACCACAAACCUUAUAGGAACAGAUAGAAUUCAGAUGCAGAAUCCAGCUCUGAAACCUCCUGAAGCACGAUGUACCAGCCGCUGUUUAGUUGCCUUAACUUUGCCUUAACGUAAGGACCAACAGGUUUCAGAAGGAAGAGACUUUGGAUCAUAAAUUCCUUUCUCUUAUGCCACUUCUGCAGAAUGAACCUAUGCCAGCAGGUGAAAGCAUAGACUAAAAAUAUCAACACGAUGAAGUGGCCACGUCAUAAAGAUAUGGAAACGAAGACAUGGAGAUUGUCUGUUUUAAUGAUGUCAUUGGAUGCAGUUUAACCACUAGAAGAAGACGACAAAGAAGUCGAGGGAACGAGAGAAGGUGAAGACGCAAAAUGGACAACUGGGGUUUUGUAGAAACAAGGAAAAGGCAAAUGUCCUUUGUUGUUUUAUUGCACUGUUCAUUCCAUAAUGUGAACCGUAAGAAAUUCCAAAGCUCUGGGAUAAAACAAAGCAAAAAAACAACAACUCUCAGUACAUUAUUUAACAGGGUUUUUUUUGGAAGAUUUGGAUGAAAUUGUGUUUGCUUUAUAUUUCCCGCUCUUCAUCUGAGAUGUCUUAAGAAGUCUCUGACUCGCUCUGAGGACCCGUAUCAACCGGAAUACUGUAGAGUUUCAUAUGAAGUUAAUCCAAAAAGUAGGCAAUAUUUGAUGAGGAUUAUUUUUCCACUGCUGUUCAGUGUCUUAGAUGCACACACACACAAACACACACAGACACAAACACACACACAGACACAAACAUACCUACACACACAUGUGCAAAGCAUUGAUGAACUGUCAAUGUACCACUAGUAUUGAAUACUGUAUAUUAUUGUUUAUAUUUGAGACUAAAGGAGUGUUCAUUCCACAGUGGCAACACUGAGGACCAUUGUAUUGUUCUAUAGUAGCAAUAAUAUUAAUGCACUUAAUGGACAUCACCCAAAGAAAACUGCCUUAAACAGCCUGCGCGCAGCGAUGGGCUGAGUGGACGCAACACAGAGGACCAGUGUGGAUACUGCUCUCACUGACUUUAAAAAGACAACGUUUGAACCUGUGGAUUUAGGGGAACAUCAUGUAUGCAGAUGUUCGUAUUAAUGUUUAUUUUGAUGAUGAGCCUGGUUUGAAUGUUUUCUUCAUUAUCUUAAAAAGCAGCUUUGGACUUCCAGGCUUCAUCACAGUCUAAUUAGUUGUUCUUGUGCUUUGUUUGGGAGUGAACUUGAGUGUCGGUUCCACAUGAGACUCUACUGCUCUGCAACCGUCGCAGCGCUUCUUGUCACAAUCAAACUAGACAGUUCCAUGCAAAGUCGGCCCGUCAUCCGUGCUCACGUUUGAAGUAGAGGUCACGUUGCUCAUUCGUUUGAAGAAUGUUAUAACUGCCCUGCUACAGGGGCAUGUAAGGGCUCUGCAUUCCAAAAGUAAAAAUAACAAGAUCAUGUUUCUUAGUUUGGCUUUUGUUAAAAUCCAUUUUUCAUGCACUCUAGGUUUGGCCAGUUUAGGCUUUUGAUGACCAAUAUGUACGUUAUUAGAUUAGAGCUACGGAGAGCUGAGUCUAAAGAAUUACAUUUGACAAAAUUUGUGGCCAAAAAACAACAACGAAUGUUUCUGUUAUUUUUCAUAUUUUAGGGUGUUUAAAACUGAAUCUAGACACUACAAUGAUCUGUUUGGCUACUUGCAUGGCUCUUUCUGAAAAGUGUUACUUUAAGGCUUUCCUUUGAGUUUUAACAUUCAUGGCUGGAUUAAACUCUUGUUGGCAAACAUUUGAUAAAAAGAGCCUUGAUUCAGCCUUCGUUCAGUGAAAAAUUAAAAAAGACCUAGAUUGCAAUUAGCACAAUCUCCACAGCAAGAUAAUGUGACGCAGGAAGUUUAGCAUCCAGGGAGGAAACUGUACAAGUGUUGUUUUAGUCAGACGCUGGGCAUCUUCUGCCCAACAGAAGGCCUCAGAGCUUUUAUGUUAAGCAAAAUGACAGAGCUGAAAGUUUUACCUUUUGCAGAAGUCCCAUUGCUGUUGCACUACUGCUCCAUCACAGUAGGAAUCAUUAAGAACAUGUUGCACAGAGGAUUCUGUAAUGGGUGAACUGAAAAGUGUGUUUUUUUUCGUAUUGUUCAUAGUAUUCUUAACGGCAAGUGACGGCAUUGAAACAAACAUGCUGUGUCUCUCAUAUCCAGCGUGCCCAGCAGGUGCGUGUGUUCUAUGAAGUUAAUGUUGUCUGAUUGUGUCGAUGAGAGAGUGUUGGCGAUUGCAUGUGCACUCCUACAUAUGUAGACUUCUGUCAUGUGUUUCGUGCACACACUUGAGCGUGUUGGUUUGUGUUUGUCCGUCAAAUACUGUAAAUGUCCUCCUGUAUUAUAUCCCCAGUGGCUGUUCUCUUGUCUUAUGCAGAGGCCAGUAUUGCCUCAACUCUUAAUUCCCUUUAUUACUGAUGUCAUUUGUACCUUCUCACUGUAAAUAGAUUCUCCAAGACCAAAAUCCACAUGUCACACAUGUGCCUUGAUGCAUUCAGCAGUCUGUGUAUUUGUAACUCUUAACUAACUGGACUUACAGUAACUCUGUAUAUCUAUAAACUUGACCUUGAAAUCUUUGUUUCAUGCUAUUCUUUAUUAUUGCCCUGUAUGUGUUAUUUUCCCUGCACAUUUCCUACCAUGUGUAUGUAUAGAAAGAUUGUCUAUUUUGUACUGUUAUUUUCCUUUUUUUUCCUCUUGAUUAAAACGAAAGAAUUUUCCGGUAUAAA